GCUGACGCUCUGCGCAACUCCGGUUGGUGGAUAUGGAGCGACCCAGCUACCUCGAACCAUUGCAGUUGGUCGGGCAUAACUUGUAAUGAGGCCAAACAAGUCACUGCGAUAAGAUUACGAAAUUAUCAAGCACCCAUAGGUGAGGUUAGUGAAUUAAAUCUUUCUUCACUUCCCAGCCUCAAUUUUCUCAUCCUUUCUAGAAUGGGACUCAAUGGUAGCAUAUCAGACCAAAUAGGUAGUCUUACUAAACUCACCAUUCUUGAUCUUUCUCAUAAUCAGUUGACUGGCCCCAUCCCACACCAAAUAGGUAGUCUUACUAAACUCACCCAUCUUGAUCUUUUUGAAAAUCAACUGACUGGUCCCAUCCCACACCAAAUAGGUAGUCUUACUAAACUCAUCCAUCUUGAUCUUUCUGGUAAUCAACUGACUGACCCCCUCCCAUACCAAAUAGGUACUCUUACAGAACUCACCUACCUUCACGUCUCUUCGAAUGAACUCACUGGUGUCAUCCCUUCAUCUUUAGGCCGUCUUACUAAAUUCACCCAUCUUGAUCUUUCUAAUAAUCAACUCAAUGGUAGCAUCCCACACCAAAUAGGUACUCUCACAGAACUCACCUACCUUGACAUCUCGGGGAAUGAACUCACUGGUGCCAUGCCUUCAUCUUUAGGCUGUCUCACUAAGUUAAUUCUUUUGGACCUUUGUAAGAAUCAAAUCAAUGGAUCCAUCCCUCCAGAAAUGGGAAAUAUUAAGAAUCUAGUCACUUUAGACCUUUCUGAUAAUUUAAUCAGUGGAGAGAUACCUUCCAACCUAAAAAAUUUGAAGAAAUUAGGGCGCUUAGAUCUCUCGUAUAAUAGACUGUCAGGCAACAUCCCGUCCUUUAUCACCAACAAUUGCAAGCAAACAAUAAUUAAUUUAUCCCAAAAUGAUCAUUUGGAGGGUUAUGCAGGUUACUCCAUUUGCACUAGAGGACACACAACCUCACUCACCCUUAUCAUCUCUUUGUCCCUCACCUUGUUUUUUGUAACCUUAAUACUGGGGUUUGCUUUUGGCCUUUGGCGGAAGAAAAGACAACUUCAACCAGAGUCAAUGGCAGCAAAAAAAAAUGGAGAUCUGUUUUCCAUAUGGUACUAUGAUGGGAGGAUUGCUUUUGAAGACAUCAUCUCGGCAACAGAGGAUUUUGAUAUUAGAUAUUGCAUAGGUGUUGGAGGCUAUGGCAGUGUUUAUAGAGCACAACUGCCUAGUGGAAAAGUGGUUGCUGUGAAGAAACUUCAUCGAUCAGAAAUAGACGAGCCGACAUACUUGAGAAGUUUUAAGAAUGAGGUACAGAUGCUAAGACAAAUACGACAUCGGAACAUUGUGAAACUUCAUGGUUAUUGUCUACAUAAUAGGUACAUGUUUCUCAUUUCUAUGUACAUGGAAAGGGGAAGCUUGUAUUGUAUGCUGAGCGAUGAGAUUGAGGCUGUUGAAUUGGAUUGGGUUAAGAGGGUGAAUAUUGUUAAAAAUAUGGCUCAUGCAUUAUCCUACAUGCAUCAUGAUUGUAACCCACCAAUCAUUCAUCGGGACAUAUCAAGCAACAAUGUUCUUUUAGAUUCAAAACUUGAGGGUUUUGUAUCAGAUUUUGGUACAGCGAGAUUAUUAGACCCCGAUUCGUCCAAUCAAACCCUUGUUGCUGGCACCUAUGGCUACAUUGCACCGGAGCUUGCCUACACAAUGGUUGUGACCGAAAAAUGUGAUGUGUAUAGCUUUGGGGUGGUGGCACUAGAGACAAUGAUAGGAAAACAUCCUGGAGAACUUAUCACCACAUUAUAAUCAUCGUUAUGUCAGGAUAUAAUGUUGAGGGAUGUAUUAAAUUCACGUCUACCACUUCCUGAAGAUCUUCAAGUUGCUAAAGAUGUAGUUUUUGUGGUACUUUUGGCUCUCAAAUGCAUCCAUUCAAAUCCAAAAUCUCGUCCAACAAUGCAACAAGUAUCCUACAAAAUUCUUGGUAACAUACCAUUUCCUAAGUCGCCCUUUUAUGCAAUU